GGUGGCAAGGUGGAGAAGGCUAGCUGUUACUCCAUCCCUACCCCAACCCCACCCCUCCCACUCGCUGAAUACCCAUGGGAAGAUCUCCCUGCUGUGAUGAGAAUGGCCUCAAGAAGGGCCCCUGGACCCCUGAAGAAGACCAGAAACUGGUCCAGUACAUUCAGGAGCAUGGCCAUGGCAGCUGGAGAGCCCUCCCUAAGCUUGCUGGACUCAAUAGAUGUGGCAAGAGCUGCAGGCUAAGAUGGACGAACUACUUGAGGCCAGACAUCAAGAGAGGCAAAUUCUCCCAGGAAGAAGAGCAAACCAUCCUCAAUCUCCACUCUAUCCUGGGCAACAAGUGGUCGGCCAUUGCGACGCACCUCCCUGGCCGGACUGACAACGAGAUCAAGAACUUCUGGAACACCCACCUCAAGAAGAAGCUCAUCCAGAUGGGGUUUGAUCCCAUGACCCACCGUCCGAGGACUGACUUCUUUGCUACCCUCCCCCAGCUUAUUGCCCUCGCCAACCUCCGUGAGCUCAUCGAUGGCCGCCCCUGGGAUGACCAUGCUGCACGCUUCCAGGCCGAGGCCGUCCAGGCUGCAAAGCUUCAGUACCUUGAGUACGUCCUCCAGUCGGAUGCCACCAUGGCCAAUAACUCCAACACCGAUAGCCUCGGAACUAUCACCACCACUGACAUGGAUCCUAUGAGCCUUUUGAACGCUCCACAGAUGCCUUCCUUCCCUUCAGUCCCUUCCACAAGUCUUAUUGAGAGUAUCACUGGCCAGAACCAAAUUAGCCAACUUCCAGAUUUCCAGAUCCCUUGCUCUUUUUCUGACCAACCUAUGAGCAACGAGACCAACCAAGGGUCCGACUUUAGUGUAUUAAGCCAGGGAGAUCAGAAUAGCACCCCAAGAAUGACACUGAUUUCACCCUCGUCCCUUCCUCCGCUCACCGAUGUGUCGGCCGGCAAUCCAGGGGAUGCUUGUAGUACCUCUAGCUGUGGUGGGUGUGGGACUCCUUCCUUCUGGCCUGAGCUCUUGCUUGAUGAUCCAUUUACGACCGAGUUUGCUUGAAUUUCCCCCCUUCGAUACUUCCAUAUAAUUAUAGCCUCUAUAUAUCCAUUUCUUUUUUGUCAUUUCUUGGGGAGUUUGAGAUCAGUGUUAAUAGUAUUUGCAUGCACUGCUCGUUGAUAUUAGUGCAGUGCAUCUCUUAUACAGACACUCGUAGACAUAUAUGUGCGCACACAAAAAUGGUUCUUAUAUAUACUUGGAUUGGCUUUUUGUGCUUCUA